GGGGGGGCUGCCCCGGGGCGGCCCCCCCACGUCGGGGCGCGGCGGGCGGCGGCGGCAGGAGCGCGUCCCGUCCGGGUCCCGAGGAGUCGCCGCCACCGCCGCCGCCGCCGCCGCCGCCGCCGCCGGUCGCCAACAUGGCGGACCUAGAGGCCGUGCUGGCCGAUGUUAGCUACCUGAUGGCGAUGGAGAAGAGCAAGGCCACCCCGGCCGCCCGCGCCAGCAAGAAGAUCGUGCUGCCCGAGCCCAGUAUCCGGAGUGUGAUGCAGAAGUAUCUUCAGGAGAGAAAUGAAAUCACCUUUGACAAGAUUUUUAAUCAGAAAAUUGUCCCUUUACUAACUGUUUGGAGGUAUUCUGGAACACCGUUUCUCCCUGUCCUGUCUGUGUUGGGACCCGCCCUCGUCCCCCACGACGGACGAAGUUCUGCGGCUGUCUUCCACGCCCUGUGAACCCGCCUCCGUCUUCUCCCUACGUCGUUUUCCUCUGGAGCCGCCUUCAGUGACUGGUGUCACGCGCCGUCCCUGUGCGCCUUCCGUCGCAUUGUGUCCCUCGCCGUGGAGCGCCUCCGUCUGGUCUAUGCUUCUGUCCUGUUGGCCCAGGUCCAGCCAUGGGAGGAUGAGCAUAACGCCCCCCCCCCAGAUUGCUGACUACAGACAGUCCGUUUGCUGAUGUUCUUGCUGCACUUGUGUGUGGCACGUUUUUGGCACUAACUGUGGAAAAUGUAGUCAUACCAGGUUCCUCUUUCCUGCUGGUUCCCUAACGAGUGUAAAUUCCUCGGGACCAAAGAUAAUCUCUGACACUCUUCCUUCUUUGUGACUCUCUGGCAUCUAGUUCAGUAUUUUACACAGCUGGGGCCCUGGCUUCCCCUCCGCCUUCCCCUUGGUUGACUCUGUUUCGGCACAAACUCCUCUCAACUGCCAUUUCUAGAAAGCUCUCCCUCGCAGCGUUUUGUGUAGACAACGUUUGUAUCUUAUGGGGUUGCUUCUCGGUGUGGUGACGGUGUUCUGGGGGGAAGUAACGGCCCGCCGAUCAUGCACCCCGUGUCCCCUCUGGCCCCCUCACCAUGGCCCCCAUGGGCGUCUUGCACCGUUGGGCUGGGUGUGUGCAUGCCCCCCCCCCCGGAAGUGGAGGGCUGAGGCGGGCAGCUGUUGGGAGCACACAGGUCCCAGAGCAGCAGCUGUGUGGACGCCCCCUCCGUCUCCUCCUUGCACGGAGGGCGGGAGGACCGCAUCCCUGCUUGCGGGAGAUGGCGUAGGGCCUGCACAUAACUGCCUUCAAAACUUAAACUUGGUCAAUAGCUUUAUAAAACACCUGUGCCAUUUAGUGGUCAGCCGGCAGUCAGCGGGCUGUAAGUUAAAAGGAAUUUGGGCAAAGUAAUCACAGAUACCGUCUCCUCGCUGUACUGAGUAGUCAUUUCAUGGUUACUAAAUUGCACAUCAAACAUGAACAACAGCUCCAGCCGCCUCUGCUUGGGGUCCCGUCCCAGGGGGCCGUGAGGGCUUCUCACCCCCGCGCGGCGGCAGCGCCAGCCCAGCCACCUGGUGUGCAGGGUCACGCUUCUGUUCUUUGGAGUCUUGAAGCCUCUUGAGAACAUGUGCACGCCCUCACACAUACCUGGGGGGGCGCUGUCGGGACACAGGGCCACCAACAGGCGCCUAUUCGAGGUCGGCUUAGGGCGUGGGACAAGGGCAGACAGUCCAUCCGGACAGGGUGGUGGCAGGUGAGUGCCAUACCGCGGAGGGCCAUGGGAAAGGGCAGGGUAAGAAGCGACAUUGCCCAGGGCCUGCUGUGUUGAGGACAAAGAGCCCUGGGUCUAAAAUCCUCAGGCCUGGAUUUGAGAGCUGAGUUGUAGUUUUGCAUAAAGCAGUUGCCCACUUCUAGGAGAAACCAGCCCCCAGCAGGCAUGUGGGCGCCUCGGAGCUUCCAGCAGACCCCGGCCACUGGGCCAGUGACCGUGACCUGGUGCCAGUAUUCUUAUCAGCGGGCCCUGGGCCUGCUGGCUGAAGUGCCCCCGCCCCGCACACUAGCCUCCCCGGUGGCGUCGCGCAUCCCUUCCACCGCCCUGCCCAGAUUGGACGCCUCCCUCUUUCCUUCUGGCCACUGAAACGCCCGCCUGCGAGCCCCUGGCCACCCUUCCCGCCGCCUCUCUCUGGCCUGCUCAGCUCUCCACGCUGGAGAGCUUCACCUCCUCCUGAAAGCAGGUGCAGCUGUGCCCCAGUCACACUCACCUUUCCCAGUCGGCGGUUUAUAAAAGGUUUAUUGAGCUGGGAUUAGAGAGACGAUCCAGAAGGCAGGCCGAUUGCCUCGGGGGGCCCUCGGGGGGACGGCCGCCACAUGCUGACACUGGAAGGGGCACAUCCUUCCCCGACACGGUGCCAGCCGCCCGUCCAGAGGCCAGAGGCCCGGUUCACGGGGAGAUGCUAGAGGUAUGUCCAGUAGCUCCAGGGCUGUGACGACGUGGGCGCGCGGAUCACCCAGACGGGGCCAGGGGCCUCAGGAGGAGGAGAGCCAGGGGAUCCCUGCACAGCGGCCCUGACUAGCGAACCCCGAUCGGAAAGGCCCUACAUGCUGUGAGCACAGACCGGUGGCCCAGGGUGAGAGCGGGCGAAGGUUGCAGAAAGACAGGUUGCUGCAAAAGAGAAAUAAAGGGAACUUGACCGUACUAAAAGAUUUUCAACUUUAUGAAAAAAAUAAGAGAAAUGCAAAGUACGGCGACUUGGCAAUCUUACUGUUUCAUCUUUCAGACUGGAGCAAGAGCCGCGGUUUAGCGACUCUGCUUUGGUGUGGCCGCAGGUUUUGGGGGACGCUGGGGCCCGCUGCUGUGGGGAGGACAGGCAGGUGCUGCUCCCACGGGGCCCAUUCACCGGGUCUGAGAAACUGACGGAGCAUUGAUAAGCCCUUUGACUCAGAAGCCUCACGCUAAGGAUGGGUCCCGCAAAUGCGCUUGAAUACACGAGAAAUGACGUAUGGAGAGUUAUUUAGUGCAGCGGUUUCCCAAGAGCCACGAAUUUGCCACAACCCAGACAUUCAUCGUUAGGGAGCACGUGAUAUGGAUUGUGGCACUCCGGAGGGUGGAGGACCGCGCAGCCGUGAGGAGGGACCAAGGGGCUCUUCAGGACCAGGAUAGCAAGAUGUCCAGGGUGGAGUGUUGUGGAGAGAUGGCUGACAUGCGCCGUGCGUAGAGUAUGGUGGAAAAUGAGUUCAUUUUGUGCCUGCCUUUGUGUUGUGUUAGAAGGUAACGAAUGGGGCAACUGGGUGGCUCAGUUGGUUGAGCAUUUGACUUUGGCUCAGGUCAUGAUCUUGCUGUUUGUGAG